GGAUGCCAUGGCGUCGAUAUUGCUUGGAAUGUGUCUGAUCUUCAGCCAGCCCAAGCUGGUGACUUCUUACCCAACUUCAAAUGAAAAGACCUACGCAUCACCACCUCCUGUAAAUGAACCGAGGAAUGCCAUUCACCCUAAUAGUACCCAACAGCAUCUACCGCAUACCAUUAUCAUUGGGGUACGUAAAGGUGGAACAAGGGCUUUGCUAGAAAUGCUUAGCCUUCAUCCUGACAUUUCUUCAGCUGAAAGUGAAAUCCAUUUUUUUGACUGGGAAGAUCAGUAUAGAAAAGGUUUACCGUGGUAUGUUAGCCAAAUGCCAUUUUCGUACCCCCAUCAGCUCACAGUUGAGAAAACCCCUGCAUACUUUACGUCGCUUAACGUUCCAGAACGCAUUUACAACAUGAACAGCACAAUAAAACUUCUCCUUAUACUAAGAGACCCUAUCGAAAGAGUUUUAUCAGACUAUACUCAAGUCUAUUACAACCACCUGCAGAAAAAUAAGUCUUAUCCACCAGUGGAAGAUCUACUUUUGAGAAACAGUGAGCUUAACACAGACUACAAAGCAAUAAACCGGAGUCUGUAUUACAGUUUCAUGGAAAACUGGUUAUUGUAUUUCCCACUUCGCAAUAUUCACAUCGUUGAUGGAGAUUAUCUAAUCCGAAAUCCCUUUCCGGAAAUACAAAAGGUAGAGAAGUUUCUAAAUCUUUCACCGCAAAUAAAUGCAUCAAACUUUUACUUCAAUAGGACAAAGGGGUUUUACUGUUUACGUGACAGUGGUCGGGAACGUUGCUUACAUGAAUCCAAAGGGAGGGCUCACCCACGUAUAAACUCUUUCCUGCUGGACAAAUUACGGGAAUACUUCUGUGAGCCCAAUAAAAAAUUCUUUCAACUCGUUGGAAGGACAUUUGACUGGUUAUAAAAUAAACCAAUUGAGAAAAACUGUGUAUUUACGAAGGAUAUUUAAACUAUAACUUAUUUGUAAAUUGAAUAUUAAUGCCAGAACUAGAAAAGAGAGAAGAAAAGCUAGUUUUAUUUUUAUACUUAUGUGUGACUAUAUAAUUUGUAUGAAUUUUCAUGGCUAAUAAAUUAUAUUCAUUUUGC